UUGGAAUCUAACCAUAAUGAACUCAUGGAAGGCAGGUGAGAUGUUACUGCGUAGACUGGAAAGUCCUUUCCUUUUAGUCAGAAUAUUAUCUCGCCAGUUCUUUACUGAGUCGCCUCUGCCACCGAUUGAAGAAUAUAAAAAUGCGAUGGCAACUGUUGGAUCACAAGGUAUGUUAUUGCCUUAUUAUUUUCACUUCAAACAGAUUGGUAUUGACAACUAACUUUUGUUUUUUUAACUCUUUUUUUUCAGCCAUGAUAUUAACUGCAUCGUUUUCAGGAAAACCUGAAAUAGGGAAAAUGCAUGGUACAACAUUAUCUUCUGUUAGUUCUUUGACGGUGAACCCUGAACCAAUUGUGCAAUUCAAUAUUCAAGUUCCAUCGGCUACUUCAAAGUCAAUUCAAGAUAACAAAUAUUUAGCUCUCCAUAUUCUCAAGCCCUCUAAUGACAGUGUUCGACUAGCUAGAAACUUCAGCCUUGGCUCGAGAUAUAUCAAUGAACCACAGCCCGAGACUAGAAAUACAAAUAACAGCUCUGCAAGGAAAAGUACAACUCCAUUUGAAAGAAUUGAUAAGGAUCAGUGGAGCCUUUUUGAGAAUGUCAUGCACAACAAGCGACCCGGUUCUAUCCGUCUUGACUCGGAUUUACAUCUACCUAUUCUUACUAAAGACUCAGAAAGAAUAUUAAUUUGCCAAAAAUACAAAGUUUUCAAGGUGUACAACCAUGAGAUUUGGACAUGUAAGGUGAAAGAGAUUUUGGUAAAUAUUGAUGACGACGUUAAGACUGGCGGCUUGCUGUAUUUUGACCGAAAAUUCCAUCACGUCGGAGAAGCACUAAUCGAGGUAAAAAAAGAUGAAAAGGAAAUUCAAAAACUAGAAACCUAAUACGAUUUCAUUGUAUAUAUAAUUCAUUAAGUAUUUAAAUUGUGCAUAUUAUACACCUCUAUAGACAAAAGGUCGAAGCCAGUAUCAAAAUGUAUUGAAAGUUUUACCUCUCAAUUGCCUUUCGAUUUUCUUGAUAUCAUUGAUAAGGAGCUUAUAUUUCUCAUCACGCUGAAUACUCCUAAACUUUCUCCUUUCAACCCUCAAAGCGAUUUCGGUCUUUUUCAGAGAUUUGAGCUCAUUUGUAAGUAGCUCUACCUCGUGAUGAAUGCGUAGUUUUUUAGAAAUAACCUUUUCUUUCUUCACCAAUAACUGGUUUUUUUCCGACAGUAGGGACUUUAUACCUUUCUCAAGAGCCAUGAUACUAUUUUUAUUAUCGUUUUCAAACUUAUUGAACGAACGCAAUUCGGUUUCGUACAACCUUUUGGCGUCAAGGUAUUUUUCCUCAAUCUCCGUUUGUAA